GCCCACUUCUCUAGUAUUUUUCCUCCUAUAAAACCCCUCCAUUUCUCAUGCUGUCCUAAUUCCCUAUCCUCUUCAGCAAUCUCUGCAACAAAUUAAACCCUUCGGAUCAUAUCAUUAUCUUCAAAGUUCGAAUUAUGCUUCCAGCUGAGAUCACUGGAAUUCAUUAUCUAGCCCAAGAAACCCCUAUCCCAAUUCCCACUGGCUUUGGCAUGAUGCAGAGCAAUACACCUGAUCACCUUUAUUUCAAUAGAUUCUUAAGCAACUUACCCAACUCUCUCUUCCCGUCUCAAGGCUAUGAGCUUAACCCACAAUACUCCUGUAUCAGCAAUAACUCCAGUACUUCUGAUGAAGCUGAGGAGCAUCAACUCAGCAUCAUCGAUGAAAGGAAGCAGCGGAGAAUGAUUUCUAACAGAGAAUCUGCUCGCAGAUCACGGAUGAGGAAACAAAAGCACCUAGAUGAACUCUGGUCACAGGUGGUAAGGCUUCGAACAGAGAACCACAACCUGAUAGAAAAGUUGAAUCAUGUAACCGAGUGCCAUGACCGGGUUCUUCAGGAGAAUGCAAGGCUCAAGGAAGAAACUUCUGAUCUUCGCCAAAUGUUCACAAGCCUGCAAAUUGACAGCCCUUACACUGCCACGUUCAGAGACUUAGAAGAGGUUCCUUGCAACACGGCUCAUCUCAGAGCUGAAUCCUCCAACCAAUCCAUCUCUAAUUCUGUAGACUUGCUUCAUUAAGAUUAGUCAAUAGUCACGAGGGCUGUUUUUCCUAAUUUAGUCUAUGUCCCUCAUGUCUACUAUGGUUUUCCCCAAGUCUUUUGUCAUGAUCAACUUGAGCUAUGUGCGGAAACAGACCUUCCAAUAACAUCUUUUGACCACUUUUAUC